AUGCUUAAAUCAGAUAUUUAUUGCAAUGGCGGCGACCUCGCAGACUAUUUACAAACGAAUAGACUGCUCAGCGAGGCUACCAUACGAACCUUCCUGCGGCAGCUAGCUGAGGCCAUGCGAGCUAUUCACGCCAAGGGGAUCGUCCACAGAGAUUUGAAGCCGCAAAACAUUUUACUGACACACAACGUGGCUCCUCCACGCACACCACAUCCCGAAGAAAUCACACUCAAGAUUGCGGAUUUCGGUUUCGCACGAUUCCUAGAAGAGGGGAACAUGGCCGUCACACUCUGUGGAUCACCUAUGUAUAUGGCACCUGAAGUAAUUAUGUCCCUAAAGUAUGAUGCAAAAGCGGAUCUUUGGAGCUUGGGCACGAUCGUCUAUCAGUGCCUAACGGGCAAAGCGCCUUUCCAAGCGACUACGCCACAUGAACUCAAAGCUUUCUACGAAAAAAGCAUCGAUUUACAACCCAAAAUGCCAGCCGGAACGAGCCCCGAACUUUGUAACUUGCUGAUCGGUCUGCUUCGGCGCAAUGCCCGCGAACGCAUGCCCUUCGAAGUCUUCUUUAACCAUCAAUUCUUACAAAGACCCAGGACAACGUCCAUCACAAGUUUGGACUCUGAUCUACCCGAUAUAUUGGAGAGUGAUAACGAAGUUCGUCCCGAAACUAACUAUAUCCUAGAGGAGUCGUGGGAGAGCCAGGGGACAGCAUCGCACACUACUAUACCGAGUGGGCUGAGUCGUGCGUCGGCGCAGGUGCCACACCCCACGCCGCAGGCCCAACCCUUACCCGUUGCACAACCCACUAGGAAGUCUCAACCUGUCUCAUCUGACGAUUCAUCGGAAGCAGUGUGGGCAGGCGCUGAGGACUUUGUAGUGGUACAUCCAGAAAGUGGUUCGGGCGAAUAUUCUGGCUCAUCAUCUUCUGAGGCAGCGUCCAGGCCGCGAUCUCUGGCCCUACAAGCCACAUCCCCCCAUACGCGACAUUCGCCCCACUCGCCCCAUUCUCCCCAUUCGCCUACUCACACUAUUGACCAAGUCGGGCCGUUAAGGAAUCCACUUGCUUCUAACACAAAUGUACCUCGCUCGCAGCCAAUAGACGUCUUGCGAUCAAAUCACAACCGAAAUGCGACCAACAUUGGUUCACUUUCUCCGCCUACCGUUCCAUUCACAAUGGGUACUCCGCCGUCCACACGACGUCGUCGCAGCGCGUCUGGGAGUUCCCCACCGCCCUCGCUUUGGCAGGUUUCGCCUACGAACGCUAGCCGCUCAUCCCCGCCAGUCCCGCUGGCGUUGAAAGCAAGCGGUGAAGCAUCUUCGCCAAAGCGUGCGUUACCGGACGCCUUACUACGGGCGCUGAAAAUGCCACACGACCCGCCCGUUUAUAUCCCCAACUUGCAGGAGGAGACCAUACUUGCCGAGGAGCACAGCAAGGUAUUCUCUCAGCUGAACUUUGUGCUGAUGCUGUCAGAGCUGCUCUCCGACCUCGCUGUAUCUUGCGGCGCACCCAUCGCCGCUCUUAUGGACGCUUCCGAUGAGCGUUGCAACGAGAGCGUCCGACUGGGUCUUCUGGUACAAGCAAUGCAGGCGUUAGCGGCUGGCUUAAGGCUCGCGGCCGAGUGCUACCGCUCACGCAGUCUUCAGCCCACGCCACAAGUGCGGAGCGUGGUCUCGCUAAUGAACGGCAAAUACAAAUGGAUUGUGAAUGAGUCGAGGCGUCUCCACGAUGCGGGCGUGACGCCGGCAGUCUGUGAUAAAAUACUUUACGAACAUGCUAUAGAACUGUGCCAAAUGGCAGCUAUCGAAGAACUAUUCGGCGAUGUGAAGGAGUGCGAGCGACGAUACAUGUCUGCACAAGUGUUGCUACACUCGCUGGUACAACGCCAGCCACUGCAUCCACACCAUCGGAACACGCUCUCAAAAUAUCGAGAUGCUGUACAAAGGCGGCUCAACUGCCUCAAGGGGCCGCGCAAACAAAUAAUGGACGUGAAAUUAGAGGCUGGGAUCUCAUAA